ACCCAGGGGGCCACCAUGGAGGCCGAGAGGGGCUCCCUGGUCCCCCGGGACGGGGAGGCUCUAAAGAAGGAGGUGCAGCUGCGGGUGACCCCUUCGGAGGUGAAGUUCCUGGACGCGCUGGCCGGGAGGGUGUACCGCCUCCCAGUUACUGUGCACAAUCUCGGCCGUUCCAACCAGAAAAUCCGGUUUCAGGAGCCCCUUAAGCCACAGUUCAAAUUGAUGUUGACCAAUCUGGAUAAAGCACUUGCUUCUGGACUUCAGAUGACAGUGAUGGUGGAAUACCAUCCAGAUAAAGAUGAAGACACUUUUGACCAGCUACUUAUUUCAAUAGGAAAUAAAACAAUAGAGAUCCCUCUAAUUGGGUUGAUUCCAUCCUGUCAAUUGGAAAUCGAGUCAGAAGUUAAUUUUGGCACAUUGGUUGCUGAUAGUAAAGUAUAUUGUAAAGAGAUUAAUAUCGUUAACCAUGGCAGAGUUCCAGGUACAUUUAAAACAGAAUACCAGGGCCAAUUACCCAUUGUCAUUUUUCCGAGUAAUGGUAUUGUGGAGCCCAAGUCAUCCAUGAUUGUUAAAGUGGAUUUCUGUGCUGAUGAGCCCAGAAUUGUAAAUGAAGUGGCAAUAGUGAGUUUGCAAGGUCGUCCAGAUAUACUCUUGAGUGUCAAAGCUCAUGUGGUUGAGCAGAUUAUUGAAUUGUUAAACACGAGUAAUGACAAAAAGUUGGAAUGCAUACACUUUGGUUCUGUUUUCUUCGGAACUUCAAAAAUUGAACAUGCUCUUCUAUACAAUAACAGCCCAGAACCUAUAAAUUGGGUGGCCAUAAUGCAAAGUGACUCAGUUGGAGAAGAACUGGGCACAAAUAUACACCAAAGAACAGAUGUUGCUUUAAAUAAUCUUACCUACUUAAGAAAAUCAAAGAACAUAGAUAUUACCACUUUUAUCUCCUGUGUUCCUAAUGAAGGGAGGUUACUGCCUUAUCAAAAGACUACAAUUACAUUUUGUUUCAGCCCAAAGCUAAUGAUUAACGGUAAAAAGAAUAAUGAUCCUUCGCACAGGCAGGACUAUGCUGUCUUUUUGAGAUUUGACUCUGUGGGAAGUAAAGAUGGAUUUUUGAGGGACGAUAACAGUAAAACCAUCAAAAGUGAUCGAUUUCAGAAAGUGGAAUUAGCACUGACAGGCUCAGGACUUCCUGUCUUACUACACUUUGAUCCAGGAAAGGUCCUUAAUUUUGCACCUUGUUUCAUGGGUGAACAUUCAGAGACUCUGUGUAUCAUGCAAAAUCGAUCCAACUCACUUCCUGUGAUGUACCGCUUUCAAAAGACUACACAUUUUAAAAUUGAUCCUGAGAAGGGCAGGAUUGAUGAAGGAUGUAUCCAGAAUGUGACAUGUUCAUUCAUUCCACAUCAAGUAGGAGUCUUUAAAGUAAAGCAGUUGAUAGAGGUUAUUGGCACAGUGGCAGAUGAAAAUUUGCAGUCUUCAUCUCUGAAACCUUUUCAUCAAAUAUAUUUAUAUUUCAAAAGCACCUGUAAACCUUCCACCAAGAAAGUUGUGAUGAAAAUUAAUCCUGGUAUAUCCCCUUUGGUUACUAAUCCUGUGGGACAGUUUGUGGUCAGAGACUUGCCAAAAUACAAAGACCGUGCACCUGUUGCAAUGCUUCAAUCAACCAUGACACGCCUUCACAAUCAUCGCUUAUGUAAAGAGUCAAUGAAGGAUGCAUUGAUAGCCUUUCCCAAUGACCGAGCUACAAGUAUCAGGUCUGAAGACCAGGAUAAAAUUUUCAGGACGAUUUUCACAAAGAUUCCAAGAUAUAACUAUGUGGAUCCUGAUUUUGCGUAUACUAAAUUUGAAAGAAUUAAAAAGCAAAUUCAUGGAAACUAUUAUGCAGGAUACAUUAAGCAUCUAAGAAGUGUGCGCCUGCAGAAACAAGCAGAGAGGGAAUGCAUGUAUUCAUAUAAUGAUAUAGACAUAGGAUUACAGCCAGCAUCAGGUCUAAAGUCACCCUCACUCUCAGAAACGGAAAUAGAAGAGGAAUCAUCUUCACAGUGUCGGAUCAAACCUAACCAGUUACUAAAUACCAGAAAUAUAGAAUCCAAGGAGACAAAGGCUCUGAGAAGAAAGGUUCUCAAAGGACUUAAAUCAGAUCCAUUCACACCCCAUGAAAAACAUGAUUGCAGCUUGAUUCUGACACCAAAGCAAAUUCAUCAAGUAAUUGUUGGGCCCUCUAUCCUUAACUUUGGUGAUGUUUGUGUGAACUCCACAAAUACUCGUCUACUGCAUGUUGUUAAUAUGCUAUCCAUGCAUAUUUUGAUCCAGUUACAUAUUAAUUUGGAAGAACUUCAAAAAACCAAACAAUUUUCAUAUGUGAUUCCGCCUACAUCUAGUACUUAUAUUUCGAUGAUAUUUGAAUCUCCCACCAUUGGAAAGUUUUGGAAGUCUUUCACUUUCACAGUGAACAAUAUACCUGGUGGCCAUAUCCUAGUGAUGGCAGUUGUCAUGCCAGUAAAUCUUGAGCUGUCUUCUAAUGAGCUAGUAUUGAGACCACAAGGCUUCUCGGUGAAAACAUGUUUUAUGGGGACAGUGGGGUUGUAUAAUCAUCAGAAUUACUUUGCAAAAUUUGAAUGGCAACCUGUAAACACAGAAAGAGGAAUGGCGUUUUCCAUGCGUCCGGCUAAAGGCACAGUUGAACCACACUCUUCAUUGGAAUGUGAAGUAACAUGGCAGCCAGGUUUCAGUUCUCCGGAAAGAGGAGAAUUUGUUCUUCAUGUCAAUGAAGGAAACACGCUGACGCUAAAAUGUGUUGCACGUCUUGGUCAUACCAAGGUCAUGUUUUUGAAGCCACAAAUCCUCUUCAGUAAUAGUCCUCAAGGUUUAACAACUUGGAGGAAAGCCAUUCUUCACAAUGUAGGACAAAACCAUGCUUAUUUCAAGGUUUGUGACCAGAGUCUUUUGUCUACCAUUAAUAUUGUUCCAUCACAAGGAAUCAUUCCAUUUGGAGGUAUAACUGUUCUCAAUAUCUCCUGUACACCUACUGUAGCAGAAAAAUUUGAUACAAGAGCAAAGGUUGCUAUUCACCAUGCAAAUGUCAUAGACCUUAGGAUUGGUGGAUCUGUUGAGAUUGCUGAUGUGGAAAUUAAUCCGGAUGUAUUCAACUUCAGUGGUACCUAUGUUGGUGCUACUCAGAUUAUCCCAUUUAUAAUAAAAAACAAAGGUAUAACACGUGCCAGAGUGGAGUUUAAUCUACCACACUUUGAAUAUUUUUCUUUGGAUUUUAAAGAUAAAUCAAAGGAAUUCACAGACCGUGCAUUUCCUGACAUAUAUUCUUUGGAGUUAGAGGAAGGCACAUCCCUGGAAUGUGGCAUAGCAUUUUCUCCCAAAGAGGUGACAACAUAUGACUUUAGCAUUCAAGUUCAAAUUAAUUUCUUCAAGGCUUCAGAACUUUACACUCAGUAUUGUUCGUCAAAUUCUCCUAUGAUUCCAAAGAAAACACCACUUAUUCGACCGUGUUAUGUUCAAGCUACUGUAUUGCAAGCACCAUUGAGAUUAUCCAGCACUGAUUUUAUAUUUGAAAUCCCAUUGCAUGCUUUGGAUCCUAAUAAUAAGGUCACAAAAACUGAGGAUCUUGUCUUAUAUAAUACUUCAAAACAAGAUGUGGAAUGGACUUUGGAUAUUGGUAACACUAGGAAACUCUUCAAAGAUGGCACAUUCAAGAUUAGUGUGUUGAGUGGGAUUCUGCAAUCACAUGAAGAAUGUAAUAUUUCCAUAAGUUUCUGUCCAAAUCAUCCUAGAAAAUACACAGCUUAUAUUCCCAUUCGUCUAAAUGAUAAUCCGGUUUGCUAUCGAAUGCUAUGCUUGGUUGGAGAGGUGAAGUCACCCAAGUUAUUAUUUGACCCUCCAUUCAUAUUUUUCACUCCUGUUCCUCUGGAUAUUACAACUGUGAUGGAUAUCAAAAUUUUACCUCAAAACUAUUUCAGAGAUUCAAUGAUAAAUGUCCAGAUUCCCACAGCAAGACUUCUUGAUGAUGAAGAGGCUCACCCUCUUGGUAUGACGUUUCCAAAAGGCAUAGUCAUCAAAGGCUCUCCCAGUGGAAUAAAUGCAGAGCUCAGGUGCCACCUCAGCUUCAGAUCAUCUAAACCUGUGUCAUUUCUCACCAAUAUUCUUUUCUGUGAUAACAGAGAUAACUGGUUUUCGCUUCCAGUUACUGCAACAGCAGAAAACUGUCUUCUUACUAUUUACCCAUAUAUGGCAACUCAUCUUGAUAAGCAAACAAUUAUUUUAAAGGAUGAUAAGGAUGACAGUUCUGUGAAGAGUAGAGACAGUGUUUUGCUUCCCUACCAAGAAGUUGGUUUAUCCUCUCCUGCUCCUACUAAAUUUAAUGAUGCUGAGCCUGCAGAGAGAAGAUUAUCUGUUGGAAUUGAAAUAAUACAUGAAAGGUUGAACUCAGGCAAAAGUAAAACGUCAAAGAAAGACAAUGAUAGAUCUAUGGAAAAGGAGGAGAAAAAUGAGCAAUGCUUUUCUCCUGAAGAAGGAACAAAGGCAUAUGACUUCUUUGAGAAGGUUGUAAAUGCUGCUCAGACCUGGUUCAGUCUCUUCGGCUGGCCUGAAGGACCCCAUUGUCUUUCUAUUCCAGAAACAAUAAGAAGGGAAGUGUAUAAAAUACAAUUAUCUUCAUCAACCUCAUCAUCCAAAAAAAUUUCCAGACAGAAUGACUUUUCGAAAUAUAAUAAGACCAUUUAUGAUGUGAUGCUCCACUUGAGUGGAAAAAUGCCACCUGGAAUUAAUUCAAGUCAGUCCUUACCUGAGGAUUACACUGAAAGGGUGAUUCAACUUCAUUCUCAACAUUCUUCACUUCUUGACUUUCUCAUUGCUCAAGGAGCAUGUAUUUCUCAUGUACUGCCAGAAUUUCUGCUUGAACCAGAAGAUUAUAAAAAGUGGAUUGAAAUUACUUCUUCCACUAAUACCUUGCCUGCAUGUUCCUGUAUACCUAAGGAAAAGCAUUAUAUUGUUAUAGAUAUGAGUCAGUUUGAAGCCUGGAGUAAACGGUCAUGGACAGAUGUAUUCCUUCAGAUAUACAAGGUUCUGGUACUAUCCCGGGUUGUACCACACUGCAGCAAUAAUCUGCCCCCAAUACCUGUGCAAAAUUCUCCAAAAGUCAAUCCUUGUUUUUCAUCCAGCAACAUAUAUUCUAAUCCUGAAAGGAUUCUACUUAAUUGGAUGAACACAAAUUAUGAGAAUGCCCGACAUAUUAUAUGGAAAAACUGUCACAAAGGAGUUAUUCCAUCUGAGAGAUGGAUAGUAAAUUUUGACAGAGACCUUUUAGAUGGCCUUGUUUUUGCGACACAGUUGGGAGCCUAUUGUCCAUUUUUGAUUGAGUCUCAUUUAGUAAAAAUGUACACACAACCAAAAAGUUCUGAACAAUAUCUGCACAAUUGCCUGAUUAUUGUGAAUGUACUUCGUGAAAUUGGCUUUGACAUGGACAUACAGGCCACGGACAUCUGUGACCCUAAUCCAAUCCUGAUGCUCAUGCUUUGUGUCUAUAUGUAUGAAAGGCUCCCGACAUAUCUCCCCAAGAAGGUGGUGCCCUUUCAUUGUACUCUACAUGACACCGUGCUGAGACAGAUUCUACUGAAAAAUUCAAGCUUGAAACACUUAGUGUAUAAUGCUACAAUUAUUGGAAAAGAUGCCUCUGACUUCUCUCUUUCCCAGGCAAGGAACACUGUGACAAUAUCUCCAAAAAACCAAAUUAGUGUCACUCUGAAAUUCACCAGUCGCUUUCUUCGUCCUGCUGAAGCUUCACUACUAUUAAUUUCAAAAUGUAGACAUGCAAUAGGAGGCGCUACAAUGACUUUUGCUCUUAAGGGUGAAGUCCUCAAUUUUAAAGCCAUUGAAAUUAUACAUUGCAAAUCUCCAUGUUAUAAAUGGAAAGAAAUCACUGUGAAUGUUAAAAAUCCCUUCCACACUGCUGGGGACUUCAGUGUAAGGUUGGUGGAAUCCUCGACAUUUCUCUCUUUGCCAUCUCAAUUAACAGAAUCUGGAAAAGUCACUCACCACAUGAACGAUAGUAAUGCUGAGAAUAGCCCUGAGAGUGAUUGCCAUUCCCCAAAUGCCUUAAGAACUUCAAUUAAGUCCAAUUUCAUCAGAGAGUUCUUCUGCUCCACACACACUCUUCACCUGGGAGUAAAAGGGACCUCAAGCCUGGAGCUCGUGUUUCUUCCCUUUGACAUGCACACGCGCUACUGUGUCAUCAUCCUCAGCAGCAAAGAGAUUGGAGAAUUAAUUUACGUUGUGGAAGGAAAAGGCAUGAUCCCCUUGCCUUCCUCCUUUCUCCCAAAGGAUUCUUCAGCUCCACUUGACUACAGCAGUUCUCCAGAGGAAGCGCUUAGUAAGGAAAAUCCAGUUCUGUAUUUGAAAUGUGAGCUCCGUCAAAUCUUGGAUGUGGACCUUAAGUUGCCACUGACGAAUGAAGCCAAGGAAAAAGCUUUGGCGUUUGCAGCACAGCAGCAGAUGUCAGAUAUAGAGUAUGAGCGACGGUUGAUCACAGGUACUCUGGAAAGCAGUAGUGUUCGUGUGGCCGUCGCGCUCCUGGGGCUGACCAAGAUUGAGACUUGUAUGCUCUUUAAUACCUCAAAGCUCAAGAAGCCUAAAUCCAUUUUAUACACAGCAGAACUGAGCCUUCCAGAACAUUUUGAUAUCCCCAAGAAAAUCUACAUUCCUCAGAUUUCAGAAACUCAAGCUAAAUUGACCCACUCUCGAGGAAUUAAACCUGCAAAUAAAACAGCUGCAGAUGGAUCUGUUCUAGUUCCUCUACAAUUUGUUCCUCUCAGUCCUGGACGGUACCCUUGUAAAAUUUUGCUGACAUCACAAUAUGAUGUGCGUCUCUAUUGCAUUGAAGGUGUGGUAAAUGAAGAACAUCCAGAGGCCAGAUUUGAAUUUGAAACACCAGCAUUUGAAGCCCUUACGCAGCAUAUUCCACUAAAUAAUAAAACAAAGAAUGAAUGGAAAUGUCAAGUUACUAUAGAAGGAGAAUGGUUUUAUGGACCUCCUGUUUUAUAUGUUGGACCAGGUGAAACUGUGCAAUAUCCUCUUACAUUCAAACCCAUUUUUGAAUGUGAGAUUAUGGGCAGACUUAUUCUACAAAAUGAAGUAGAUGGUAUGGAGCAUGUCUUUGACAUAAAAGGGAUUGGAAAAAGACCCCUGGCCUUGGAACACAUCACUAUAAACUGUCAAGUAGGGAACAUAACAAAUAGGUCCAUAAUGGUGCCCAAUUAUACAAAGACCAUCCAAACAUUUAAGGUAACUUCAGAUCUUCCAAUAGUGUGGGGAAAUCCAAACAUCACCAUAGACCCUGAUAAUGCAGUUCCAUAUACUCUCCAUGUAUCCCCUGGGAAACGUGGUGUAUUCAAAGGUGCAAUUUCGUUUUCUGUUAAAAGCAGACAAGUCGAUGACUCUCCCGAAGAGUCAGAUCAAGAUCAAUAUCGAGUACUUUCCUUUGAGAAAUCAUUAUCAGAACUAUUCCACAAGUCUGAUGAGGAAGACUCAGAUGAUGAUGUUAGCAACUUCCAAGUCUGGUAUUCUCUUGAGAUCCAUAGCUCUCCAGGACCACCAGUAACAGUUAUUGAAAUGAAAUGCAUUUCUCUGGAGACCAUUUGCAUUGAAAUACCUCUCUCGAAUCCCAAAGAGACAAUGAUUCACUUAGAUGUGCAAUUAUCCACUGCUGCCCUUAAUGGACUCAAGCAAUUUAUACUGUAUCCGCUAGAAUGUAUCAGCUAUGUGGUACAGUAUACUCCAGCAACUACAGGCUGUAGAGAUGAAAGCGUUAUUUUCCAGCCUGAUAUGGCUCUAGAGUUCUGGUAUUUACUGAGAUUAACUACUGAAUUACCAAAACCAACCACAAUACCAGAAAUGCAAUGUGACAUUGGAAAGUAUGUCACUCAGAUCAUUCCUUUAGUUAAUCCUACACACGAGACUUUAGAAUUGCGAGCAACAAACACUAAUCCUGAAAAUUUUGUCUUGGAUAUGAACAAAUCACCACUGACCUUACCUCCUCACUCGAGCAAAGAAGUAUCUGUUCACUUUUUUCCUUCAGCUCUUGGAAGAACUGGUCAUCAAGCUUCUAUCAUCUUCCACUGUGCUCAGUUUAAAGAAUGGAUGUUUUGCCUCUCUGGAGUAGGACUAUUCCCUCAGCCUAUAGACAUAGAGAGAAUAACCACAUACCUCCAUCUUCAAUCGAUUCUUGUUAUACCUUUCCAAAAUCCCACCAAGGAAGAGGUUUUGGUCAAUAUUGUACUAACAAGUACACAACAUAGAAAUUUAAUAAUUUCACAUUGUUACUGGGAUUGCUUCUUCCAUGAGACUUCUGCCUUCAAGUUUAGUGGUUUGAGUCACACACAAGGAAUCGUAUUGCCUCCUAAGGGGAAUAUAGAUAUCCCAGUGUUAUUUAUGCCCAACAUUAUGAAAUUACACAAAACAGUGGUCAUCGUUCAAAUGAUGAGGGCAAACAGAGAAAGCUGGCCAAUUGACAAUUUUGACGAAUUGAGCCCAGAGAUGAAAAGAACCCUGGGAAUAGAAAGUGGAGAAAUCCAAGCAAUACACUGGAUAUACCCUAUUCUUGGACUUCCUCAGGCACUACAUUCUAAAUGCCCUCAAGUUGUCGUAGAAUGUCAGUCCAGGAAGAGGAUAGAACAGGAAGUGGAAGUCACACUGACUGGUGAUUUUUUUGGAGAAAGUCCUAUCUUAGAUUCAACAGAUUUUAUAGUGAUUCCAAAAAGAAAUUCACGUGGUUCUUAUGAAGAUAUUGAUGAUUUGCCUCUAAAACGUGAAUUUGAAUAUGAAAUUCAAUUUGAAUCUGAAGCUAUGAAGUCUAACUUGGGAUCCUGUGUAGCUUUAUAUAUGAUCAAAAAAUUUUAUCACAUCAAAGAUGAAAUGAUAACAUUGGUCUUCAAUGUGGUGUUUGCACCAAAGAAACCAUUGAGGACGCAAAUUACACUGAAAAUUGAGUGCAUAACAGAUGGGAUUUGGAAGUUUCCCAUAACGUUGGUUGCAACUGAGCCUGAUGUGGAUGAUGUCAUUGAUAUUGAAGGCAUUGGUUUAUUUAAGGAAUCAGUUGUUGACUUCAGACUGACAAGUCAGACAAGAGAUCCUGAGCCGUUCACCGCAUACUUUCUACCUGGCAGUGAUCCUGAGUUUUUUGUAAAACCUCAGGUUGGAGAACUUCCUCCUUUUGAUACUGAAGAAACUGUCAUCAUGGUGGGUUUUAAGCCCCAAAUGUACGGUAGGAAAUACAAAGCAACAUUAGUAAUACAGACACCGGACAUGUACUGGUUGUAUGAUGUCAAUGGGUUACCUCAAGUUACCAUGCCACCAAUGAAUGUAAAAGCCAAAAUUGACUCAACUAAUAAGAGGUUUCAUAGCAAGCCAGUUUGUCAGCGCAAUUUUAUUCGUGAAAAUGCUAAACUCCUGAGGACAGGGGUGUCCUCUCCCAUCAAGGGUGCGCCUUUGAUGUUGAAGAAUAAAUAA